UUCACACCGCUAUCUCUGCCUUUUGUAUAUAGCCACCCACUUUGCUUUGCUUCUUCUUCUCCAAAUCUAUCAGACUUUGUCUUCGUCUUUAUUGCUUUUUUGAAGUCUUCCUUUUACACAUGUCAUCACCCACAACAUCAUCGUAUUGGUGUUACAGAUGCCUACGGAUCAUAAACCAUUUUUCUCCACACAACCACAUAGCAUGUCCGUAUUGCGACACUGGAUUCAUAGAAGCAAUCCAAACAGAAGCUACAACCACCGAACCAGAUAGUUUAACCCCUCCACUACCAACCUCCUCGAUGUUUAUGAUUAACAACAGUAAUUCACGGCGAAGAAAUCGCCACAACUCUCACGACCAGCCACCUUCAACCGUCAACCCAGUGAUCCUCCUACAAGGCCAGCCCAAUGAAGAAAUCGACAACAAUAACCACAGCAUCUUUGAACUGUACUACGAUGACGGAUCUGAGUCGGGUCUCAGUCCAAUACCCGAGAGCGUGAUGGAAUUUUUGAUGGGUUCAGGUUUUUAUUUGUUACUUCGACAGCUAUCUCAUGUUGAUAUAGCAGGGUUAACUCGGCCGGAUAAUUUACCAGCAUCAAAAGCUGCCAUGGAGUCCAUCGCAACAAUUGAAAUCUCAUCCGCCGAUAUAAAUUCAGAGAGUCAUUGUGCAGUAUGUAAAGAAGAAUUUGAGCUUGGAAAUUUAGCAAGAGAGCUGCCAUGCAAACAUAUUUACCACGAAGGUUGUAUAUUACCAUGGCUAGAAAUGCGCAACUCGUGCCCAGUUUGCAGGAAGGAGUUACCGGCAGCUGAAGAAAAUGAAGGAGGAAUGAUUGGGUUGUCUAUAUGGAGAUUGCCGGGAGGUGGAUUUGCGGUUGGGAGAUAUAACGGGAGGAGAUCGGCGGCAGGAGAGAGGGGGCUAUCAUUUAUGUUUAGUGAUAUGGAUAAUUCAUUUGGUGAAAGUGGUAGGAUUUCUCCGAGGAGGGUUGCGUGGUUUGGGAGGAGUUGGGAGAGAGAUCAGAGAGGUGGUGGUGGGCUGAGGAGGGCUUUCCGUGGACUGGGAACCUUUUUCAGAAGGUUUACAUGCAGGGGGGAACAAUAAUUUUAGGCAUGUAUGAAGAUAAUAAGAUAUGUUUAGAUUCUUAUUUUCAAUUAAUUUAGGAAUAAUUAUUAUUUCAUCUACAAAUCUUUUACACUUGCUUUG